UAACUAAACCAAAAGUGGCCUGCAAAACGAAACAACUAAAACAACAACCAAGAAAUGUGAUUCAAAGUGUGCAAUGUAACCAAAAACAAUUAUUAACAAAACAGCAAAGCCAAACGCUAAAAGGAAACCCAAAGGAAACCCAAAAUAGAAUUCAGUGAAAAAUCGUCGUGGGGAAAAGCAAAAGACAGGCCAAAUGGAAAUCAAGGAAUCCUGGAGCCAAUCGAAUAGCCAACUAGCAGCCAACGUGGCCAAUGAUUAAGGGAACACUUUGUUAGCCAACUUGUAGAAGCAGCAUCCCCCCGUCCACAACCAACACUCACUCGCAUAACACACACCACAACCAUAUAACACACACACAGAAACACUCAGCCUCCCCGCGCAGUUCUCGAUGCCCGGCAAGCAGAAGGCGUUGGAGCAACAAUUAUAGAGUAGCAGCCGUGCAGACAGCCCAGACAACAGCCCCGCUCCCCAAAGCAUCAGCUCUCGAACUCCCAGUCAAUCUCAAUCCCAAGUUAAAACCCCAACAUGGACAUCAAGAUUGAGCAGCAGCAGCAGCAGCAACAGCAGCAGCAGCAAGUGGAGCUGGGACCCUGCUCGCCCUCGGAGGUGCCCAAUGAUCCCGGAAAAAUGUUCAUUGGCGGCCUCAGUUGGCAGACAAGUCCAGAGAGCUUACGCGAUUACUUUGGACGUUACGGUGAUAUCUCAGAGGCUAUGGUCAUGAAGGAUCCCACGACGCGCAGAUCCAGAGGCUUCGGCUUUGUCACAUUCAGCGAUCCAAAUAGCGUAGAUAAGGUACUCACCCAAGGCACACACGAGCUGGAUGGCAAAAAGGUCGAUCCGAAAGUAGCUUUUCCGCGCCGUGCACAUCCCAAGAUGGUGACGAGAACGAAGAAAAUCUUUGUGGGCGGCCUCUCGGCGCCCACCACACUGGAGGAUGUCAAAAGCUACUUCGAACAGUUUGGUCCGAUCGAGGACGCCAUGUUGAUGUUCGAUAAGCAGACCAAUCGGCACAGAGGUUUUGGCUUCGUUACAUUUCAAAGCGAAGAUGUGGUAGACAAAGUUUGCGAAAUUCAUUUCCACGAGAUAAACAACAAAAUGGUCGAGUGCAAGAAGGCGCAGCCGAAGGAGGUAAUGCUGCCGGCCAACCUGGCCAAGACACGGGCUGCCGGGCGCUCCGCAUACGGUGAGUUGGUAGUCUGGGGCAGCAGCCACGCCCAUUCCACGGCGGCCACGUCCGCCGCUGCCGCAGCCGCAGGCUUGCUGCCGAGUAGUUUAGCGGCUGCCGCCUCCGUGCUGCAGCAGCACCAGCAGCAGCAGCAGCACCAACAGCAGCAGCAGCAGCAACAACAGCAACAACAUCAGCACCACCAGCAAAUACACACGCACACACAGUCGGCACACACAACACACACCCACCAUCAGCUGCUGAGCUCGCUAAGGUACACCCCUUAUCCCCUGCCCGCUCACCUUUCGGCGGCAGCCAUGGUUGCCGCCCAGCAGCAGCAGCAGCAACACCAACAGCAGCAACACCAAGCAGCUGCCGUCCAGCAGCAACACCAAGCAGUUGCUGCACAGCAGCAUCAACAGCAGCAGCAGCAGCAUAGCCUCGCCCAGGUGGUGGCCGCUGCUGCAGGUGCUCCGGGGCUGCUCCCGCUGGCCAGUCCCUCACCCGCCUCGGCCACGCCCUCUCUGUUGCAGUACGCUGCAGCUGCCAAUGCUUUGCCUGGUCAGAGCAACGCCGCCUUGGCCAAUUCCCUGUAUGCCGAUGCCGCCGCCGUCGUUGGCUACAAGCGACUCCUGGCAGCGGCAGCAGUAAGCAGUGGUCUAAGGACUCCCGCCUCCGCAUUGGGUGCCCUGCAAGCUGCAGCUCCGGCUGCUGCUGCCGCCGCGGCUGCCCAAUUGCAGCAGGUACAGCUCCGGCAAAAUGCCGCCUUGGCCGCUGCCCAUUAUCCGCUCAGCGAACUUCUGGCCAUGCCGGGCGGCCUGGAAAUGGCGGGAGCGGGCGCCAAUUCUGCGGCAGCUGCGGCAGCCUCGCUUUACCAGUUGCCUGGAAUCUGA